AUGUUGUUAGACGAGCGCGGCAAUCUCAAGGUGUCUGACUUCGGCCUCAGCGCCCUGCCGCAGCAGCAGCACCGCGACGGGCUGCUGCACACCACCUGCGGCACGCCCAACUACGUCGCUCCUGAGGUGCUGUGCGAGAACGGGUACGACGGGCGCAAGGCGGACGUGUGGUCGUGCGGGGUGAUUCUGUUUGUGCUGCUGGCGGGGUACGCGCCCUUCCAGGACAGCGACCUGCGCCCGCUCUACCGCAAGAUCCGCCACGCGCUCUUCUCCUUCCCCGCCUGUGUCUCGCCCUCCGCGCGUUCCCUCAUCUCCGCCAUCCUGCAGCCCGACCCCGCCAAGGUGCGCCACAUGCGCCCGUGGAAUAUUGUGCGGGAAAUUUGUUCAUUAAUAAAAAAUUGA